AUGGGAAAUAAUCUACUGUAUACCUAUUCAUUCGCACACAAACACAUUAGGGAGAUUAGUUACUUUUUGUUCUUUCCUCCCCUCUUUCCUUUUCCUCUCCUUCUUCCUUUGAUCCCUUCUUCCUCUUCCUUCUCCCCUUCUUCCUUUGAUCCCUUCUUCCUAUUCCUUCUCCCCUUCUUCCUUUUCCUCCUCUCCUCCCUUUUCCACUCUUUUCUUCUCCUCGUCCCUUUUCCACUCUUUUCUUCUCCUCGUCCCUUUUCCACUCUUUUCUUCUCCUCGUCCCUUUUCCACUCUUUUCUUCUCCUCGUCCCUUUUCCACUCUUUUCUUCCCCUCGUCCCUUUUCUUUCUCCCCUUGUACCUUUUCCUCUCUUCUUCCUUUUCCUGUUUUCUAUUCACUUUUUCUUAUUUUUUCUUCUUCCUGUUUUCUUUUCUAUUAUCCCUUCUAUUUCUCGUCUCUUUUGAGUCGUUGCUUUUUUUCUUACUUUGUUAGGAGUCGUUGCUUUUUUUCUUACUUUGUUAGGAGUCGUUGCUUUUUUUCUUACUUUGUUAGCAUUCGUUGCUUUUUUUCUUACUUUGUUAGGAGUCGUUGCUUUUUUUCUUACUUUGUUAGGAGUCGUUGCUUUUUUUCUUACUUUGUUAGCAUUCGUUGCUUUUUUUUCUUUGUUAGCAUUCGUUGCUUUUUUUUCUUUGUUAGCAUUCCAUUUUUUUUUUUCUUUGUUAGCAUUCGUUGCUUUUUUUCUUACUAUCAUUCGUUGCUUUUUUCUUACUUUGUUAGCAUUCGUUGCUUUUUUCUUACUUUGUUAGCAUUUGUUGCUUUUUUUCUUCCUUACUUUGUUAGCAUUCGUUGCUUUUUUUUUCCUUACUUUGUUAGCAUUCGUUGCUUUUUUUUCCUUACUUUGUUAGCAUUCGUUGCUUCUUUUUUUCUUACUUUGUUAGCAUUCGUUGCUCUUUUUUUUCUUACUUUGUUAGCAUUCGUUACUUUUUUUCUUACUUUACCCUUACUGAUCUUCAUCUUUUCUGAUAAUUUCUCUCUUUUCAAUUUCUUGCUCUUUCUGUUGCUUUCUGCUCUCCCUCUCCCAGUUUUCAUCAAUCUCUGUUCUCCCUCUCUCAGUCAAUGUAUCAAUAGCCCUUCUCUCUUCCUCCCUUUGUAUUUAUUUUUCAUCAAUUUUUUGUCCCUCUCUUCUGCUCUCUCUUUUCCUCUUUCUCUCUUCCUCUCAAUCUGUCUCUCUCUCUCUCUCUCAGUAUCAAUCUCUGCUCUCUCUCUCUCUCUCAGUAUCAAUCUCUGCUCUCUCUCUCUCUCUCAAAUGGAGGAGUUGGUCAGUAACAUGGUCCAGUAUAAGGCCAAGAUUGGUCAGCUCAAACAAGAAAGGUUUAACUUAUCUGUCACAUAUGAGGAGAACCUGCAGAAGUACCGGGUCCAAGUGAGUGAACUGGAGCGGGAAAAUAUGAUGCUGUUAAACGAUUUGAAAAAGCUGGAGGCUCAGACACUCUCUUUUACCUUUUUCUUUUCUUACAUUCUUGACACUUUUUCUUUUUCAUUUUCUUCUUCACUCUUUCUCUCUCUUUUUUGUUUGGUCCGCUUUCUCUCUCUCUGCUUUUUCCAUAUAGUCUUCUCUCUCUUUCCUUUUGGUCCUCUAUCAAACUCUCCCUCUCCAUCAUCUCUCUCUCUCUCUCUCUCGUUCUGUUUCUUUUUGUCUCUUUUGUUCUUUUUGGUUUUCUCUUUCUCUCUCUUUUGGUUUUCUCUUUCUCUCUCUUUUGGUUUUCUCUUUCUCUCUCUUUUGGUUUUCUCUCUCUCUCUCUCUUUUGGUUUUUUCUCUCUCUCUUUUGGUUUUCUUCUCUCUCUCUUUUUUUUUUCUCUCUCUCUCUUUUGGUUUUCUCUCUCUCUCUCUUUUUUGGUUUUCUCUCUCUCUCUCUUUUGGUUUUUUCUCUCUCUCUCUCUUUUGGUUUUUCCUCUCUCUCUCUCUCUUUUUUGUUUUUUCUCUCUCUCUCUCUUUUGUUUUUUCUCUCUCACUUUUGUUUUUUCUCUCUCUCUUGGUUUUUUCUCUCUCUCUCUUUUUUUUCUCUCUCUCUUUUUUUUUUUUCUCUCUCUCUCUUUUGGUUUUUUCUCUCUCUCUUUUGGUUUUUUCUCUCUCUUUGGUUUUUCUCUCUCUCUCUUUUGGUUUUUUUGGUCUUUUUCUCUCUUGGUUUUUUCUUUCUCUUUUUGGUUUUUCUCUCUCUCUUUUUGUUUUUUCUCUCUCUCUCUUUUGGUUUUUCUCUCUCUCUUUUUGGUUUUUCUCUCUCUCUUUUUCUCUCUCUUUGUUUUUUUUCUCUCUCCAUUUGGUUUCUCUUUCUCUCUCUCUCUCUUUUUGUUUUUUUUGGUUUUCUCUUUCUUUUCUUUUUCUCUCUUUUCCAUUUGGUUUUCUUUCUCUCUCUCUCUUUUUGUUCCAUUUGGUUUUCUCUUUCUCUCUCUCUCUCUUUUGUUCCAUUUGGUUUUCUCUUUCUCUCUCUCUCUCUUUUGUUCCAUUUGGUUUUCUCUUUCUCUCUCUCUCUCUUUUGUUCUAUUUGGUUUUCUCUUUCUCUCUCUCUCUUUUGUUCUCUAUUUGGUUUUCUCUUUCUCUCUCUCUCUUUUGUUCUCUAUUUGGUUUUCUCUUUCUCUCUCUCUCUUUUGUUCUCUAUUUGAUUUUCUUUCUUCCUCUCUCUUUCUCACUCUGUUUUCUUCUGUAAGGUCUUCUCUCUCUCUCUCUCUCUCUCCCAUUCCAUUUAGUCAUAUCUCUCUCUCUCUUUCUCUCUCGUUCUGUUUCUUUUUGUCUUUUGUUCUUUUUGGUUUUCUCCCUUUGUUCUGUUUGGUUUUCUCUUUCUCUCUCUCUCUCUCUCUUUUUCUUUCUCUCUCUUUUGGUUUUCUCUUUCUCUCUCUUUUGGUUUUCUCUUUCUCUCUCUUUUGUUCCUUUUGGUUUUUUUUCUCCCUCUCUCUCAUGGUCCAUUUGAAUUUCUUUUUUUCAUGCUCUCCCUCUCUCGGUCUUCUCUCUCUCACUCUCUCGGUCUUCUCUCUCGUACAUUUUGGUUUUGGGGCUAUCCUCUCUCUCUCCCUCUCUUUGUUUUCUAGGGUUCCCCCCCUCCCUCUCUUUGGUCCCCCUCUCUCUUUGUUUCCUAGGGUUUCCCUUCACUCUCUUUGUUUCCUUCUCUCUCUCUCUCUCUCACUCACUCUCUUUGGUUUCUUGGGUUUCCUGUCUCACUCUCUUUGCUUUCUUGGGUUCCCGUCUCACACUCUUUGCUUUCUUGCCAUCCCCCCUCUCUCUCUCUCUUUGGUUUCUUGGCAUCUCUCUCUCUCUCUCUCUCCCUGUAGUUUUUCUCUCCUCUCUCUCUCUCUCUCUCUCCCUGUUGUUUUUCUCUCUCUCUCUCUCUCUCCUGUAGUUUUCUCUCCUCUCUCUCUCUCCCCUGUAGUUUUUUCUCUCUCUCUCUCUCUCUCCCCUGUAGUUUUUCUCUCUCUCUCUCCCUCUCCUGUAUUUUUCUCUCCUCUCUCUCUCUCUCCCUGUAGUUUUUCUCUCUCUCUCUCUCUCCCUGUAGUUUUCUCUCCUCUCUCUCUCUCUCCUGUAGUUUUUCUCUCUCUCUCUCUCUCUCCCUGUAGUUUUUCUCUCUCUCUCUCUCUGUGUAGUUUUCUCUCUCUCUCUCUCUCCCUGUAUUUUCUCUCUCUCUCUCUCUCCUGUAGUUUUUCUCUCCUCUCUCUCUCUCCCCAAUUUUUUCUCUCUCUCUCUCUCUCCCUGUAUUUUUCUCUCCUCUCUCUCUCUCUCCCUAGUUUUUCUCUCCUCUCUCUCUCUCUCUCCUGUAGUUUUCUCUCCUCCUCUCUCUGUUUUUUUCUCUCUCUCUCUCUCUCCCCUGUAUUUUCUCUCUCUCUCUCUCUCCCUGUAGUUUUCUCUCCUCUCUCUCUCCCUGUAAUUUUUCUCUCUCUCUCUCUCCCUGUAGUUUUUUCUCUCUCUCUCUCCCCUGUAGUUUUCUCUCCUCUCUCUCUCCCUGUAGUUUUUCUCUCCUCUCUCUCUCUCCCUGUAGUUUUUCUCUCCUCUCUCUCUCCCUGUAGUUUUUCUCUCCUCUCUCUCUCUCUCCCUGUAUUUUCUCUCCUCUCUCUCUCUCCCUGUAGUUUUUUCUCCUCUCUCUCCCCCUGUAAUUUUCUCUCUCUCUCUCUCUCCCCUGUAGUUUUUCUCUCUCUCUCUCUCUCUCCCUGUAGUUUUUCUCCUCUCUCUCUCUCCCCUGUAGUUUUUCUCUCUCUCUCUCUCCCUGUAGUUUUUCUCCUCUCUCUCUCCCUCCCUGUAGUUUUUCUCUUCAGUCUCUCUCUCUUUCAGUCUUCUCUCUCUCUCUCUCUUGUUCUUUUUUCGUCCUUUUUUUUAUUUCGUUCAUCUCUUUUUUUAUUCCUCUUAUUUCUUUCCUCUCUCUGUCUUUUGCUUUUUUUCUGUUUAUCUUUCUCCCUUUUUUAUUUUAUUUUCUACUUUCUCUCUUUUUUUUCUCUUUUACCUUUCAUCUUACACAUCAUUAUUUCUGCUUUCUUUCAUUCUUUCUCUUUCCUUUUUUUAUCUAUCUUCUUCAUUUUUUUCUCUAUCUUUUCCUUUCUCCUUCCAUUUUUUCUCUUCUUUUUUCUCUUCAUUCCUUUCUUUUUUUUCUCUUCCGUUUCCUUUCUUUUUUUUUUUCCCCUUCCGUUUCCUUUCUUUUUUUUUUCUCUUCUGUUUCCUUUCUUUUUUUUUUCUCUUCCGUUUCCUUUCUUUUUUUUUUCUCUUCCGUUUCCUUUCUUUUUUUUUUCCCUUCCGUUUCCUUUCUUUUUUUUUUUCUCUUCCGUUUCCUUUCUUUUUUUUUUCUCUUCCGUUUCCUUUCUUUUUUUUUUUCUUUCCGUUUCCUUUCUUUUUUUUCUCUUCCGUUUCCUUUUUUUUUUUUUCUUCCGUUUCUUUUUUUUUUUUUUUUUUUCUUCCGUUUCCUUUUUUUUUUUUUUUCUUCCGCUUCCUUUUUUUUUUUCUCUUCCGUUUCCUUUUUUUUUUUUUCUUUCUUUUUUUUUUUUCUCUUCCGUUUUUUCUUUUUUUUUUUCUUCCGUUUUUUUUUUUUUUUUUUCGUUUCCUUUCUCUUUUUUUUUUUUUUUUCUUUCGUUUUUUUUUUUCUCUUCCGUUUCCUUUCUUUUUUUUUUCUUCCGUUUCCUUUCUUUUUUUUUUUCUCUUCCAUUUUUUUUUUUUUUUUUUCUUCCGUUUCCUUUUUUUUUUUUUUUUCUUUUUUUUUUCUCUUCCGUUUCCUUUCUUUUUUUUUUCCCUUCCGUUUCCUUUCCUCCCUUUCCUUUUUUUCUUCUUUCUUUUCUUUCUUUUCUCCCUUUCUUUUUCCCCUUCCUUCCCACCUUUCUCUUUCUUUCUUUUUCUUACUAA